AUGUCUUCUCAAGCCCCUUCUUCGUGCCUCCCCGAGACGCCACCGCGCUCGACGAUGGCCGAUGCCAUUAUCAUCCACGACGAGUUUGGCAUCAACGACGCCGCUGCUCCUGCACAGAAGCGCCGCCGCAGCCGCGCUCUCGGUCUCGCUGGCGUUGUGCUGGUCACGGCAGGCGUCACGCUGGCCGUGGUCGUGACACAUUCACCGAGCGAUCCGGCGCUGACCGAAACCCGCACCGGUGUCUUUGUCGCGACGAACAGCGGCGGUAGCACGACGCCGCCAGUGCCGGACCCGACGUUCAUGUCGCACAACUUUUCGCUCGACCCGCACCCGCACGGAGACGUCGAGGGCAUGCGACCCGAUAUCACGCGGCCGCCGUCCAAGCACACGGACCGCUGGAACUCGCAGCUUGGUGACGUGACGCCAGAGCCAACACACGCGGGUAUGCCGCGGUCGGGCACGCCGUGCGCGUCUCGCACGACGUCGAUCCCCCAGAGCCGAAAGCCGCGAACGACCUACCCGACACCGGCACCGACGCAGCCGACACCUGCACCAACACAACCAACGUCCGCGCCGACGCAGCCUAGCGUGUACCCGACACCCGCGCCAACGCAGCCCAGUGUCUACCCGACGCAGCCUAUCGUUGCCAACGUCGGCGAAUCCUACGGUGCAGCCUACGGUGACGCCCACGUCGCAACCCACCUCGCAGCCGACGUCAUUGCCAACUUCGACACCGUCGCCCACCAACCCACCAGCACCGACAUCGACUAA